AAUACUACAUUUCCCAGAGUUCAUUGAGGCCCACUGAGUCCGCCAUAUUGAGCUCGGUAGAACGCGCUGGCAGGAGACUGUUCACAACAUUGAGAUUUUUUCACAGAGGUGAAGGACACACGGUGUGUAAAGAUGACACAAACGACGGUCCAGACGAAUGGGGUUCAACCGCUCAGUAAGACUUGGGAGCUUAGUCUCUAUGAAUUACAGAGAACCCCACAGGAGGCCAUCACGGAUGGUUUAGAGAUCGCCGUGUCCCCGCGCAGCUUGCACAGUGAGCUCAUGUGUCCCAUCUGCCUGGACAUGCUGAAGAACACCAUGACCACCAAGGAGUGCCUGCACCGCUUCUGUGCCGACUGCAUCAUCACUGCGCUCAGAUCGGGGAAUAAGGAGUGUCCAACGUGCAGGAAGAAGCUGGUGUCUAAGCGCUCCCUCCGUCCAGACCCCAACUUUGACGCCCUGAUCAGUAAGAUCUACCCCAGCAGAGAUGAGUAUGAAGCCCAUCAGGAGAGAGUGUUGGCCCGCAUCAGCAAGCACAACAACCAGCAGGCACUCAGCCACAGUAUUGAAGAGGGCCUAAAAAUCCAGGCCAUGAACAGACUUCAGCGGGGGAAGAAGCACCAGAUUGAAAAUGGCAGCGGGGCAGAGGACAAUGGGGACAGUUCACACUGCAGCAAUGCAUCAGUGCACAGUAACCAAGAGGCCGGACCCAGCAUCAAACGAAUCAAAACCUCAGACGACUCUGGGCUGGACAUGGACAAUGCCACAGAGAACGGAGGAGGAGACAUGGCAUUGGACGGGGGCAGCGAGAUCGAGCUGGUGUUCCGCCCUCACCCGACGUUGAUGGAGAAAGAAGACGCCGCGCAGACAAGGUAUAUUAAGACUUCGGGGAAUGCCACAGUGGACCACCUCUCCAAAUACUUGGCUGUCAGAUUGGCUUUGGAGGAAAUGCGCAAAAACGCAGAGGGAAGCCCCAUCAACGUAGAGGCAGCCAGCGAAAAACAGUACACCAUCUACAUCCCUACCGCAAACAACCAGUUCACAGUCCUGAAUGGCUCGUUCUCUCUGGAGCUGGUGAGCGAGAAGUACUGGAAAGUCAACAAGCCCAUGGAGUUAUACUUUGCUCCAACGAAGGAGCACAAAUAAAUGCAGUGAGACGCGAGGGUCUGAGCUGACCCAGGACAGAGUGAUGGUUCAUCCUCUCCCCUCUCUCCCUCCCUGUUUCUUUGUCUUUCUCUCGCUGUUCCUCCUCGUUUGGAGUAAACUGGUCUCUGGAGCCCCGGCUCCUCAAUAACUGUGACUGCUUUGAUUUGGAUUUUUUUUAUUGUCUUUUUGUAUGGGAACGAGACCAGGGUUGAUCAUUGGGAGUGGGGCGGGAGGGCCAUGGAAGUCAAACCAGUGUGGAUUUGUCCCCCCCGCUUCAGUUGACACAAUCAUUUCAUUGUUACAUGUUCAGUCCUUUUUGAGUCAAGACGACUCCGAUGUUGCCUUCAGCAAGCCAAAAUCUUAGU